AUGACGGUUUCGAGAAACCGUCGAAUCGCGCAAGCAGUGGCAGUAGGAGUAUCACUUGUUGCUCUGAGCUCCACCAUCACAUCGCCGAUCCUUUAUGGAAAGUACGAAUUGAAUGACGAGGGCGACACGAACGUCUGCUCUGAAAAUCCUUGCAAGAACAAUGGACAAUGUUCAAUCGACGGAGAUGGCUACAUUUGCGCAUGUAACGAAGGCUUUUCUGGAGCAAACUGCGAGAUCAACCCUUGCGAUCAAAGUCUUUGUGUAAACGGAGAAUGUUAUGCUGUUGAUGAUGAAAAUUUUGCUUGCAAAUGUGACGACGGAUUCUCUGGAGAUCUAUGUGAAAUCACUCCUUGUUCCAAUAAUCCUUGUCAAUAUGGCACUUGUGAAAUUGUCAACGGAGAAUACAGCUGCAGCUGCAAUACUGGUUUCUCUGGCAAAAACUGCACAAUCGAUCCUUGCUCGGGGGAUAUUUGUCAGAAUGGAGCGAUUUGUGAUUUUGAUAAAGAUGAUGGGACUUUUAUCUGUAAAUGCUCGCCUGAAUUCACAGGGUCGUUAUGCGAGAAAGAACCUUGUGCGUCAAAGCCGUGUUUGUAUGAAGGCGUGUGCUCAGUUUCUGGAGAUGGCUACGCUUGUCUCUGCCCGGGCGGUUUUUCCGGAGAUAACUGUGAAAUUACACUAUGCACGAACAAUCCAUGUAAGAAUACAGGAGAGUGUCUGAUCGAAGGAAAUUCUUACACAUGUCUCUGUCCUCCCGAUUUUUCCGGGAAGAAUUGUGAAACAACACCAUGUGAUCAUGAUCCCUGCGAAAAUGGAAAGUGUACCAUUGAAGAUGGAAACUGGUACUGCGAUUGUGAUGAUGGAUUCGGUGGGGAUUUUUGCGAUAAAAAUAUUUGCGACAGUGGAGUUUGCAAAAAUGACGCCAGUUGUGUCUAUGACGAGGAGAAAAAAGAAUACGAAUGCAUUUGCAAGGAAGGUUUUAUUGGUCAACACUGUGAAACUGAGCUCUGCAAUCCAAAUCCUUGCAUGAAUGGCGGAAGUUGUCACGUUAACGGGACCUCAUACGAUUGCAGCUGUCCUCAAGGAUUUUAUGGUGAAAAUUGUCAGAAAACCCCUUGUACAAAUAAUCCUUGUGAAAAUGCUGGAGAAUGUACUUUUGAUGAAAAUGGUUCGUUCACAUGCUCAUGUAAAGAUGGUUACAGUGGAAGCCUCUGUGAAAUCGAUCCUUGUUUCGAUCAUGAAUGUGUUUUUGGCAGUUGUCAAGUUGACGGAGCUGGUUACAUUUGUAAUUGCGAUUCUGGAUAUUCCGGAGAGUUUUGUGAACUUGAUCGUUGUCAUGAUUAUCCUUGCGAAAAUAACUCCACCUGCAUUUUGCAUGUUGACUUUGCAGAAUGCGAUUGUCUUCCGGGCUUUUUCGGAGAUUUUUGCGAAAAAGACCAUUGUUACAACAAUACUUGUGAAAAUGGAAGAUGCGAAGCUGGAGAAGACUCGUAUACAUGUGACUGUCGCAUUGGCUUUUCAGGGGAAUUUUGUGAGAUAACUCCCUGUGACAAGAAGCCCUGUGCUUAUGGAGAGUGCAGUUAUUUUGGUCCAAUUUGGUCGUGCGAGUGUCCAACUGAGCUAUUUAGCGGCAGAGAUUGUUCAAUUACUCCUUGCAAUAACACAAAUCCUGACCUUCCCCCAGCAUGUUUCAAUGAUGGCGAGUGUAGUAUGAACGGCGAUGAUUUUGUAUGCAAAUGUCCCGAGUUCUACACUGGGGAAAGGUGCGAAACGUUUCCUUGCAUGGAUCGGCCUUGCCAAAAUGGCGGAGCAUGCCAGAAUACCGGGGAUGACUCGUUCACGUGUGAGUGCCCUGAAGAUGUUACAGGCGAUUUGUGUGAGAACUUGCCUCCAGUGACAAACACUUGCUUCAAUACCGAAUGUGAUGGUGUUUGCAUAGAGAUGGAUGAUGGACCAAGAUGCUUCGAAAAUCAACUUGUGGGAUUUUGGAACAACAACAACAAUGAGCAUUCUGUAACGUGCGGAAACGCCUAUCUUCCUUAUAUGCUCACCACACCCGAGAUUGAAGUUCAUCAUAUUGAGAUUGAGCCAACUUACAAACUAAAUGAGUACUUUAUCAAUACACAUGGUUGUGGAGCGCAAGGCAAUUGCCGAGCAAGUUUUGCGAAAGAAGAAAUUUCAAGUAAAACAUUUGAUGCCGAGAAUUUAUCAACAGCAGAAGAAGAAAGUUGUGUUCUGAAAACGAAACUUGCUGAUUUUGAUGAAUUGCCGUUAAUAAUUUUGACGAGUAAUCCUGGAAGCGGGAACACUUGGUCCAGAUUGUUGAUUGAAACUGCGACGGGGUAUUAUUCUGGCUCAGUUUACAAUGAGUUAACAAUGUUCAAAAACGGCUUCAUCGGCGAGCUAGAACCUCCAACGAGUGGCAGAACCGUUGUUGUAAAAAGCCAUUCUAACUCGAAUUCCGAAAAUGCAGAUGGGAUUGUCAUGGUGAUAAGAAACCCGUACGAUUCGUUCAAAGCAGAUUUUAACCGGCAAAUGAGCUCAACGCAUACCGGACAGGUUGAUCCAAAGAUUUAUAAUAAGACCGAGUGGGAGCAGUUUAUUGAACCUCGAGCAAAAAGAUGGGCUUCUUCCGUAUCCUGGUUCCCAAAAUACGCAAAAGAGGUCAAUAUUCCAAUCAAGACAAUUUUCUACGAAAAUCUUUUGCAGGAUUCGUCGAAAGAGAUGAGUAAAUUUCUCGAUUGGUACAGCGACAACUUCCAAAUUGAAAUUCCUGAUCGAGAAAAUCGACUUUCCUGUAUGUCCGAAAGCCAAGGAGCGUUUUAUCGAAAGAAAGAGCCGCUGAAAUUCGAAAUUUUCAAGCCGAAAAUGAAAACGACGGUCAAUUAUUACAUCAAAAGAGUUAUUAAAUUCUACGAAGAAAAUAACUUCGAAACCGGCUUGCUCGAAACCUAUCUAAAAGACACCGACGAAGAAGAAGACCCAGAAAUUCUUCAUGAUUACGAAAAAUCCGAUGAGCGGCGGCAAAAACACAUGAUUGCCUCGAUAGACGAAAAAGUAGAGUUGAGAAAGCUCAACAAGAUCAACCCGCUUCAUAUUUAUUAUAGAAGCAAUCCAAUGCUCUGCUGA